AUGCACAAAGUAGAGAUUCCUGCUAUUUCACCUCUACUACCCGUUAUCCAUAAACCAAUUUCAGGGUUUAAGCAAUAUCAUGAUGGGAGACCAAGAGGUCCCCUUUGGAGAGGUAAAAAGCUGAUAGGGAAAGAAGCCCUUUUCGUAAUAUUAGGUUUAAAGAGAUUUAAGGAUGAUGAAGAUAAACUUAAAAAAUUUAUUAAAACCCAUGUUUUAAGGCUGUUGAAGAUGGAUUUGAUUACGGUUCUUUCAGAGCUUGAAGGCCAAGAGGAGACUUCUCUGGCUGUGAAGGUUUUUGAGGUGAUUCAAAAGCAGGACUGGUAUAAACCUGACAUUUUUCUGUAUAAGGACUUGAUUAUUGCAUUAGCAAAAUGUAGGAAAAUGGAUGAAGCAAUGAAGUUAUGGGAAUCUAUAAAAAAGGAAUAUAUGUUCCCUGAUUCUCAGACAUACACCGAGAUCAUUACGGGCUUCCUGAGGGACGGAUCUCCUUCCGAUGCAAUGAACGUAUAUGAGGAUAUGAUUAAAUCUCCAGACCCACCGGAGGAGUUACCAUUCAGGAUUUUACUAAAAGGGCUUCUCCCACACCCUCUUUUAAGGAACAAAGUUAAGAAAUAUUUCGAGGAGCUCUUUCCAGAAAAGCAUGCGUACGAUCCUCCGGAAGAAAUUUUUGGCAGAUGCUGAGGCGUUAAAGGAGUGAUCUUGGGCACAUGGGGAUGCUGGGCACCCACAGCGUU